CUUAACGUAAUUUUCCUAGAAUUCAGGGCCGGUUUAGGUUUUUAUUAAUUGUGGUCCAGCUCAUUCGGCAAUGAAUUAACCCGGUUAGGUCUUUUGAACCGCGCCUUCUUACAAAAAGCCACAAGCACGAUUCCGUCUUUCGCCGCCGCCACCACCACCAACCCUCUCCUUCCCUAAUCUUGAAAAUCAAUUUUCCGAUCUCCGCCUUGAUUCGUUGUUCAAUCCUUCGAAUUGUCGCCCGAUUCGUUCAAUUCGUUUCGUUCUCUCUCGAUCGAGCCCUUUUGUUCCCCUCCUGCCGUCGAUUUUCGAAACGUAGGGUUAGGGUUCCAGAUCUGCAAAAUACGACACCUCUAAUCCACCGAUCCUUCAUAGUUUCGCCUUCGAAUGGUCCCUUUGUAAAUUUACCAUAUCGAUUUCCCUCCAAUUUUUCAGAUAAUCGUGCUCCGGUCUCGUCCUUAGGGUUUUGAUUUUUUCGGUAAUUUUCGAUCUGUGUCUGAUCGUCCGAUUCUUCGAAUAGGUGGAGGGGUUUCGUUCCCGGGACUGUUACCUUCACGAAAAAUCCCUUUUUGAUGCGUCAAUUCGUUGUUUGAUAGGUGAAUUCGAAAUCUAGGGUUAGGGUUUUUCUGACAGAAAAUUGGGGGUUCUAUCUGCCAAAAUUGGUUUGGGGGUUUCGUCAAUUGGCUUCUAUUGAGCGUUCAGCUGGUAAUUCGGUGUCCCUAACGGCUAAUUACUGCUCCAAUUGUCCAAUUUCGGUCGGAGGCUUGUGCGUGAAAAACACCUAAGGUAAUCUGUUUUAAAUUGGGAUUGAUUACCUUUAAAUUUGUAUUGGUCGCUACAUGAUGACAAGUUUCACAAGCUUUCUUUGUACAUUAAGUUUGAAUUUUAGUGUGUUAUAGGUUCAAGUUGGUAGUUCCAUUACUCUAGCUUUGUGGGAGCAUAGUGAUCCUAAUUCCUAUGUCGUGUUAAUCAUGAUUUCCAAGUUAUGUAUUAAACAUUGCACCAGUGCAUCACAAAAAAUUUCAUUGACAUUGGUAUGCUUGCUCUUGAAAUGAUACUCAAAAUGUAUUGCACGCUUUGCAGGUUGACAUGGGAUAUAAAAGGCUAUUUGAUGAUACUGAUUUCCAAGAGCUCCCCUUAAAGCAAGCAAGACAGCUGGACUUCAGCAAUAGAUCUACUCAAUUUGCUGAAAACUUGCCGUAUAUGAGUUCUACUAAGAAUCCUGAUUCCUCAGUUAACCAGGACAAUAGGAAUGGCAAGCCGCUGUGGUAUGAGGUAUCUGAAAAUGCUGUUGUGCCCAAGAAUUGCACUGAUGAGGAUGUCAGCUUCAAAGUAGCAGCUUGCUCGUCCUUAUCUCCUCAAUAUCCCGAGUAUAAGGGAUCGUGGGAAUGUACCCCAUUCAGCAAUGCCUAUAUUCCUUACUUUGACCGCUUCCCAAGAAAGCAAGUUCCUCUUGGACAAAACCAUCAAGCCAGCAUUCCUCCACUGUGCCCUAAUGUUGAGAAGCACAAGAAAGGGUCUGAAGAAUCAUCUGAGCCAAAUGCUAUGUUGAUGUCAAGUAGCGACGAGGAGAAGAAACUAAUGGGCACUUGCAUCCUUCCGAUGCCAGACACGAAAUCUUUCUUCCUUGACCAGGUUGGCCUUAGUGGAUCUCAUUGUUGCUGCCUAGACGCAGGGUCGUUUAGAUGUGUGCGACAACAUGUAUCGGAGUCUCGGGAUAAGCUGAAAAAGUCCUUGGGUCAUGAGAAUUUCUCGAGCUUAGGGUUUACUAACAUGGGAGAAGAGGUAGCAUGGAAAUGGACCGAGAAUGAAGAACGUCUUCUCCAUGCUGUUAUCUAUUCCAACCCUCCGUCCUCUGGUCAGAACUUCUGGAACCACCUUACACAAGUGUUUCCUGCUCGGCCCAUGGACGAAAUAGUAAGCUAUUACUUCAACGUCUUCAUGCUCCGAAAGCGGGCGUCUCAGAACAGAUCUGAUGCCCUGGACAUCGAUAGCGAUGAUGAUGAAUUGCAUGGUAUCGAUAUAGGCUCGUAUGAAGGUGAAGAAGAUUCAGAAGAAGACGAUUCCGGAGUUGAAUCUCCUGUUGAGGAUUAUAAUCGUCGAUUGAACCGCGGUGAGGAUAUUGUUACUGAAGAUGAUGAUGAUGAUGACGAUGACGACGAUGAUGAUGGUGAUGGCGAUGGAAAUGGUGAUAUGCAAAAUUGUUGCUAUGAUGAUUUUACAGGAGAUGAAAACUCAGGAGGGGUUGAUUACAUCCCGGAGGGAGCACAAUGUGGUAAGAAGUCAUUUUCUGGGAACAUGUACGAUUAUGGGUUCAAACAUGCACCAGAGAAGUAUGACGAUGAUCAUACUGCUGUCCAAGAUGACUCGUGCACGUCUUUUGAGUUCCAAGCGGAUAAAGAUAAUCCUUGUUACCAACUGAUAGGGGAAGGGGAGGCUGCUGCUCUUCAUGGGAGCGGAGUUGAGGAUGUUUAUGCCAACAAUUGCUCAAGUGGUGGUGAAGUGGAUGCGUGCAGCUACAUGAUGGAUGUGGUGCCCAUGCUGGAUUUUCGUAAUGAUGUUUUGGGCAGACUAUACUCCAGUCCUGGAAAAUGCCGCACAGAAAAUGUCUCUGAAGAUUACAUGGUUCAAGAUCACUCAUGCUUGCCUUCUGAAGCUGUUGGGGUUGCAGUAGAAGGUGGUGGAGUUGAGAAUGGGGUAGCUACUGGCAAGGUAAACACUGGGUGUAGUGAUGCGAUGGAUCUGAUACCCAUGUUGGAUUUUCGCGAUGAGAAAGCUUGGGAUGCUAUUUUCCCGGGUUCUGUAUAGGGGCUUUGGUUUAUGCGGAUCAUCGAUGGUAGGUAUGAAAUAACCAGGAGGACUGAACACAUUCAUCCGUUGUUGCACUAAAGCUCGGUGCAACUUGUGGGAUGGCCGAACUCUAAGUGGCCAGGAGGAAGAAACUGGAAAAUACUAAAUUGUAAAAUGGGAAGAAAUCUAUUAAUUCUUUUUUAUUUCCUUUCUUUUUGGCGCUCAUUUGAUUUCUUAAUGUGCCCUGCCACCUGCCUUCUGUUACCAAAAUCUAUUUUUCCCAAUAUCCUAAUCAAUAGAUAAGUGGAGAAAGACCUAAAAGAGAAAGGUAUUGGAAAAACUGAUUGACCCAAGAUACAGUGCAUAUAUUAUUUAUAAUGUAUUUUUUUUUUAAUUUUUUGUACAAACAAUAAAUGUAUUUUUUGACU